UUAGGACAAUUAGUUUUUUCUUCGUUUGGACUGUUUUGUCAGUCGCGUAUCAGUUUCGUUAAUUAGUGUAUAAUCAGUUAAAAGUUAAAAUCAACAAUGGAUCUUAUUAUGGAUGUUACAAAGAAUUCAGAGGAGCCUGAAUGGCUAGAAAAACGUAUUACUGGUGAUCUUAGGCUUUGGCAAAUUAUGUUUCUUUGUUUGGCUGGACUAACUUGUUUAAUCGUCAUGGUUUGCUGCUGUUUCCGUUUCCGUAUCCCUCGCACUAAACAGCAGAUUGAAGCAGAUUACCAGCGCAGGAAAAUUACGUCAAAGUUUCGACAGCAGCUGGAAACCAUUCAAGAUGCGAAGAUGGAUGCAAUGUCUUUGACAGAUGCUCUGGAACUACUGCACGAGAAAACUAACAAUACCAUGGAAGGUGAUAAUCAACAGGGAUCUCAGCCUAGCUCCAUCAUGUCACCGCAACAAAGUUCCUUAGACGCGUUCCAGGGGGAAGCGGGGGCAGGGCCGAAGCCAGAGGGGCAGCAGGGGCUGAGCUUCGUGAAGUUCGCGAGUAAGGUGGCCACGCUGUCCAAGCUGGGACAGCCCAAGGCACCCGCCUCGCCCGCGCCCACAGAAAACAAGAUGGAGUUUUAAACGAUACUGCCUAUAAUACAAGCAUCCAGAAUAUACGUGCACGUAACGUAAAUGUAAUUAUUUUUUCGGAAACACUAUCAGUUGUGCCAGCACUUAGCGACUGGAUAAGGUCAAAGUGUUCGACAAAUUAACGAAAACAAAUUUUGUCGCCUUUCUGAAAAUCAAAGCUGUGUUGUAGUUUACAAUGGUUGGAUUUUGGAUGCUUGUAGAAAGCACAAUGCUGCGUGAGAGAUUAAUUCGAUGUCAAAGUUUGUAGAGCAUUUCUCUCAAACCUUCACACGGUUACACUCGAAAUUAAUGUAUUUGGAGAUAAUUUUAAUUAUAGGAACUGAUUGUAGCUUUAUAGAAUUUUCUAACGUGUAUUUGUGAUAAACAUAUUAUUAUAUUGGAAAUAUCAAUGGAAUCUCCAGUCUAAUGAAUCUAGAAGAGAUUAGAAGGAGACUAGAAGUAUAUUGUAGUGUUAUAAUAAAAAUGAAAUAAACACAUUGAAGUAAGAUGUUUUCUUUAAUCUAGAAAAUAAAAAUACAGUAUAAACGGAUUUUCGAAAUCACAAGAAUAAUUACAUAUUCACAAAUAACUUCAGUAUUCUGCAGUUUACAAAAUCUCGCGUUAAACUGACAGUAAAAACAAUGAUCAAAUUGUAAGGAAUAACUUUAAAGCAACAUUUAACUUACAUUUUAUAAUACAUAAAUAA